CCUCGCCCUCGGGAGAUGGGAACGCGCUGCCGAGGCGGGGGUGGGGGGAGAAAGGGGGCUGGGGGUCUGCUCCUCAGCCCCAUCUCCGUUCCCGUCUCCUUCCCCAUCCCUGGCGGCCGCUGUCCGGAAGGAGGGGGAGGUGAACUCAGGGAUGCAUCCCAGGGACCAGAGGCAGAGACGAGUCUGAGCCUGGGAGCGGGGGUGGCCAAGCCAGCACAGAUUGUGCUGUGCGCGUACGACAAUCGCUGUGUAUGGAUGGCUCCGAGUGUGACAGGCACUCUAUGUGAUCUUGCGUGUGAGACUGGGCUUGCAGCAUGACCCUGUGUGUGGCAGGGGACCGGUAGGAGGACGGGUGUGUGCCAGUGGCUGGGGGCAUCCUGGCGCGAGCCCUGGGCAGCGGGGCUCUGAACGGAGCGGGAGGGGGAGGUGCUACUGGUGAGUUCUGAUGUGCAAUGGACAUAUGCCGGGUGUGUGCUGUGCCGACCUGCGGAGGGGGCUGCUCCCCGGGGUUCUCACCGUGCCGUGUGGGCCUUCUGGGAAGGCGGCUGCUGUGGGUGUCCAGCUUCCUCGUCGAUAAGUAUGUGGCUGUGGGCACUUCUGCAGAAAAGUACUUGAACCUGACGGUUACCUCCUCAGUGACCCCUAAAUCCUCCACAUCUCAGUCAAGAUGCCAACGAGACGCUGGACACCCGGCACUCAAUGCAUCACCAAAUGUGAACACAUGAAGCCCAAGCCAGGAGAGCUGGCCUUCCGCAAAGGCGAGGUUGUCACUAUCCUGGAGGCCUGUGAGAGCAAGAGCUGGUACCGGGCUAAGCACCACGAGAGUGGUCAGGAAGGGUUGUUGGCAGCUGGAGCCGUUCGAGAGCGAGAGGCCAUCCCCACUGACCCCAAGCUCAGCCUUAUGCCGUGGUUCCAUGGCAAGAUCUCCGGACAGGAGGCAGUUGCUCUGCUACAGCCUGCCGAGGAUGGGCUCUUUUUGGUCCGGGAGUCUGUGAGACACCCUGGUGACUAUGUGCUGUGUGUCAGCCAUGGCCAGGAGGUGGUUCACUACCGAGUGCUACACCACGGUGGACGGCUAACCAUUGAUGAGAGUGUCUGCUUCUACAAUCUUAUUGACAUGAUUGAGCAUUACAUGAAGGACAAGGGAGCCAUCUGUACAAAGCUAGUGAAACCCAAGAGGAAACAUGGAACCAAGUCAGCUGAGGAGGAGCUGGCCAAAGCUGGCUGGUUACUGAACUUACAGCAGCUGACCCUGGGCAGCCAGAUCGGAGAAGGAGAGUUUGGAGCUGUGUUGCAGGGGGAGUACCUGGGCCAGAAGGUGGCCGUGAAGAACAUCAAAUGUGAUGUCACAGCCCAGGCCUUCCUGGAUGAGACUGCUGUCAUGACGAAGAUACAGCACAAGAAUCUGGUGCGGCUGCUGGGGGUUAUUCUUCACCAAGGACUUUACAUUGUCAUGGAAUACAUGAGCAAGGGGAACCUGGUGAAUUUUCUUCGAACUCGGGGCCGUGCCCUGGUACACAAAGCCCAGUUGCUGCAGUUCUCCUUGCAUGUGGCUGAGGGCAUGGACUACUUGGAGGGUAAGAAACUCGUUCACCGAGACCUGGCUGCCCGAAACAUCCUCAUCUCGGAGGAUCACGUGGCCAAAGUCAGCGACUUCGGUCUGGCCAAGGCUGAGCGAAGGGGCCUGGAUACCAGCCGACUCCCUGUCAAGUGGACAGCACCUGAAGCCCUGAAACAUGGGAAAUUCUCCAGUAAGUCAGAUGUCUGGAGUUUUGGGAUCCUUCUGUGGGAAGUGUUCUCCUAUGGCCGGGCUCCGUACCCCAAGAUGUCUCUAAAGGAGGUGUCUGAAGCCGUGGAGCAGGGCUACCGAAUGCAGGCCCCGGAAGGCUGUCCUGCCAGUGUCUACGCCCUCAUGGCCAGCUGCUGGGAGGUGGAACCUACUCGCCGUCCGGCCUUCAGGAAACUCUUGGAGAAGCUGGCCAAGGAGCUGAGGAGCACAGCGACGGAGCCCGGCCCUGAGGGCAGCUCGGUUGGCCCCCAAGGCCUCCAAGAACCUUGACCCUCUAGCCUUGUACCCCCAAAGCUGCAGACCAGGCUCUAUAGACUAACAUGGAGGGCUCCCCGAGGCCUUGCCCAGCCCAGCCCAACCCCGUUGGGGACUGGAGGGAGACUGGGGAAUGUCAGAACGCCUCCUCCUAUCUCCUCUCCUCCCUGGGUAAUUCCUGGGCUGAGAGAGCCACCCAAAAGGGGAUCAGGGCUGGGUGGGAGAGUGCAUGGGGUGGGGACUGUCAAGCCGUGCCCUCCCCCCACCGAGCUUCUGAGGAAUCUGGCCUGGGUUUCCCUGGGCAAAGGGACUCCAUCGCUGGUGGUGCCUUCUUGGGGGAUAACCAGGGAAGUGCUCCUAGAUGACCUGUAGACAUCAAGAAGCCCCAGGGAGGGCCCUGGCCACCUGGGAGAUGAUAAAGGACAUGGAGGCUUGAUUAUUCUGAGAACAAUGCUCUUCUGUGUCUCUUUGUCCCCUGCCCUUAUUAACUUCCCCGCAGAGAUCAGAGUGGGCUUGGUGCAGGAUCCCCCGGCCAGGGCCAGCUCUGUGUAUCUUGGAAAAUGCACUAUGAAUGCCCAGCCCCUCCCUAAGAUCUUCGAAUCCAUCCUGAGAGGGAGGCCAGCUUUCCAUGGCUCUGCACCCAGGGAGACCUUUCUGGGGGAGGAUCUCCCAGAAUCCCGUCAUUCCCCUCCUGGGGAUCUGACCUGGGAUCACCCGCUCCACUGGAUGAAGGGACCUAGUAGUGGGAUCCCACCACCCUCGGACACGCAGAUCUCUUGGACCCCCAAAUCAAGGGAGGGCUCCUUCUCCUCACCCCAAGGAUGAGCAAUAAAGCGGCUCCCCUGGAGCUCGGGGAAGCAGGGGUUAAAGUGCCAGAUCCCUGGAUCCCUGCCCCACUCCACCCCUUUCCCUACCCCAGUGAGAUGGGUCAGAACAGGGCUCGGAAUGGACUCUACACAAGUGAAAUGGAAAGAAGCUCACCCCCUGCCAUGAGCCUUAUCCUUCCUCCACCUGAGCAAGGAGCAUCUCCAACAGCUGGAAGGCUCCCGAGGCUUCCUGUUCCUCCACGGACAGCAGCAACUCUCGGGCCAGCUUUCCUCUAAAGCCUCAAUCUGGCCCUUCCAAGCCCCCCUUCUCCCACUUGUGCCCUUUGGGGCCAGCCGAGGGAGCCUGCUCCCUUUCCUCUACUUAAAGGUAGGUCUCGCGCCUUCCUAAAGCCCUCGGCAUGGCCAGACCUGCCAAAGGAAGCUAUUCUCCUGCCUUUCCCCUGAAAGGGCCAAACCAUGCCCUUAUUUUCCCCUUGGAAACCCUGAAGCCCCUGAGGCCUGGGCUCCCAACCCGGGCUAAGGAGGGGCCGCCACACUGCUGCCUGUCCUUCCGGGGCCCAGUAAUCCGGGGGCUGGCCUUGCCCCCACCCCCACCCCAGGGGCCUCUAAGCUGACACAGCGUCUGAAAGCAUCAGCCUCCAGGGCCUAAGAGGCUCAGGCCCAGGCCGAGUACCCUAACCCUCCCUGAUACUCCCCGCCUGCCCUCUUAACCAAUUUGUGGCCAAUUAGCCUAAUUGGGAGACUUGUAAAGACCAAGCUCGUUAAUGUUUUAAAGUGAUGAAGCAAUUAGGGGCCUGGAAAGGAGGGGACUUAUGGAGGGGGCUCCCCCUCCCUCUCCCAGCCUGCUACUGUCUCCACCGCUAUCUCCUUUGGCAGCCUGGACGUCCUGGCAGGAAUUGGCAUGGACAGAAGGUCCGAGCAAGAGAGGGAGACAUGGGACCUAAGCUUACUUUUAUAGAGAAGGAAACUGAGGCCAAGGGGGAGAGAGGGGACCGCUUAGGAUAGCAUCGUGAGGCAGUGGGAAGGGGAGGACCACACCUCAGCCCUCUUCCCCUGCUCUGCAGCUCCGAGGCUCCUUCUUUGGGAGCCUGGCAUGGUGGCUGGAGCUGGGUCUGAGCGCCCCCCUUGCCCCCUGAGAGCUGUGGCACCCAGAGCCCUUUCCGGAUGACACCUUCCCCAUACGGCAAAUGGGGACGACACCCCCACUGGGUGGUAAAUCUUUGCAAACCUUUGAGCUUUGCUAAAUUGCUUCUAGUACUAAGCACCUGCUUGAUACUGGGCACUGGAGAAAUAAGAUCAAAGUGUAAAGAGUUCAGUCUCACUGGCAACCUCCUGGCAGAGAGCGGUGAAUCCUGGGACAGGACAUCCAUGAGCCAGUUCUCCAGUGCCCAUUGGAGUUGUCUUUAGGGAUUUGGGUUUGCUCUUUGGGGUUAGAAGCCUGGAUCUGGAAUGGAGACACAUGAGGACAAACAGAGGUGGCCAGGGACAGGCAAAAAGAGGUAGGCAGACAGUUAUCUAGGUUUCUCUUGGCCUCGCACUCUAGGAGGGUAACCCCCAAAUAUUUGAGUCCCAGACCCCAAGCCUCCCUCUCCAGAGUCUUUCCCUAACCCAUUUCUCCUCCUCAAGUCUUGGGAAAGCUGCUGGAGUUAUCUGGGGUCUCAGUUGAAGUCAGAGGCUCUAAAUUCCCAUCUUGCUUUUACUACUAACCCCCUUGGUGACCUUAGGCAAGUCUUUCUGGGCCUUUGUUUCUCCCUCUGUAAAAUGUGGCUGCUUCAAAUAAAGUCCUUCCCUUGGGCUAA